AUUUUAAGGAUCACCUAAAUAAAGUGUAUGAAGCCAUCGAGGAAGCAGACUUUUUGGCUAUUGAUGGCGAAUUUUCAGGAAUCAGUGAUGGGCCAUCUGUUAGCACAUUAACCAAUGGCUUUGACACACCAGAAGAAAGGUAUCAAAAACUUAAAAAGCAUUCCAUGGAUUUCUUGCUUUUUCAGUUUGGCCUUUGUAGUUUUAAAUAUGACCACACAGAAGCUAAAUACAUAAUGAAAUCAUUCAACUUCUAUAUUUUUCCAAAACCCUUCAAUAGAAGUUCACCAGAUGUCAAGUUUGUCUGUCAGAGUUCAAGUAUAGACUUUUUAGCAAACCAAGGAUUUGAUUUUAAUAAAGUUUUUCGCAAUGGAAUUCCAUAUUUAAAUCAGGAAGAGGAAAGACAAUUACGGGAGCAGUAUGAUGAAAAACGUUCUCAGGCAAAUGGUGCAGGGACCCUAUCGUACAUUUCCCCUAAUGCCACAAAGUGUCCUGUGACGAUUCCUGAGGAUCAGAAAAAAUUCAUUGAGAGAGUGGUGGAGCAAAUUGAAGAUUUGAUACAGAAUGAAGAAAACAAGAGUUUGCAGUUGGAGCCAUGCACAGGAUUUCAGAGGAAACUAAUUUAUCAGACCUUGAGCUGGAAGUAUCCAAAAGGUAUCCAUGUUGAAACUCUGGAGACAGAGAAGAAGGAAAGAUACAUUGUCAUUAGCAAGGUAGAUGAAGAAGAGCGCAAAAGAAGAGAACAGCAGAAACAAGCAAAAGAACAGGAAGAACUCAGUGAUGCAGUGGGAUUUUCCAGAGUCAUUCAUGCCAUUGCUAAUUCUGGCAAACUUGUUGUUGGACACAACAUGCUACUGGAUGUCAUGCACACGAUCCACCAGUUUUACUGUCCCCUACCUGAAGACCUAAGUGAGUUUAAGGAGUUAGCGGCAUGUGUCUUUCCCAGACUAUUGGAUACUAAACUGAUGGCAAGUACGCAACCUUUUAAGGAAAUUAUUAACAACACAUCCCUUGCAGAACUGGAAAAGCGUUUAAAAGAGAUUCCAUUCAACCCUCCUGAAGUUGAAAGUGCAGAAGGGUUUCCAAGCUAUGACACAGCUUCUGAACAACUUCAUGAAGCAGGCUAUGAUGCUUACAUAACAGGACUGUGUUUCAUCUCCAUGGCUAACUACCUAGGUUCAUUUCUCAGUCCUCCGAAAAAUCAUGUAUCUGCUAGAUCAAAACUCAUUGAACCCUUUUUUAACAAGUUAUUUCUUAUGAGGGUAAUGGACAUACCAUAUCUCAAUUUGGAAGGACCAGACUUGCAGCCAAAACGAGACCAUGUUCUUCAUGUUACAUUUCCCAAAGAGUGGAAGACUAGUGAUCUUUACCAGCUUUUCAGUGCCUUUGGUAAUAUUCAGGUAUCUUGGAUUGAUGAUACAUCAGCAUUUGUGUCACUUAGCCAGCCAGAACAAGUACAAAUAGGACUCAUGGUGAUCUAUGAGAAGUCUAUCAUCUGCAGUGAUGUGAGAUGGAGUCUCCUCCUAUUGGCAGAGGCAGUUUUGGUUUUCUGAUCUCCUGCAGAUGUGCUGUCAGUUUCCCCUACACCUUCCCACCUGUCUAGACCUACUAUUGCAAAACUAGGGUCAAAAUUACAUCCAGGCCCUCAGACAUUUUACCUGACAGGCUGGAUGAGCAAGACUGACCGGUUCAGAUGAUUUUUUUUUACAAAGUUGGAAAGCUUCCACCAGAGACUUACCCCUGAAAGAGGAAAAGAUUUUUCCGAAUAGGCAGCCUGAAACAAAGUGAGCACAGUGGAGACCCUGAUGAUAAAGAUUCUGGACAACAUACUGCUGCUGAAGAAAGCAGGCCUAGCCUUUGUACUCUUAAAGUCCAACUGGCAGUGUGCAAUGUCCUGAUACUGUCAUAGUCUGUUUUUUCACAUCCUGUGUUAUCAAAAUUCCUCCGGGGCCUUCAUGUCUGCCUUCUGAUUAGAGACCAAAGUCUCAUGUGGAAUCUCAAGGUUGUCACCUUAGAGCUCAUGUAGGUUCCCUUUGAACCCUUAUCAGGAUGCUCAUUGUACCACCCCACAUUCAACUGUCUGAAUCAUAGCUAUCAUAUCAGCAUGGAGAGUCAGUGAAAUGCAGGCCCUUGUGGCUGAACUGCCAUACAUAUCGUUCCAGAGGUACAAGGAAGUGACGAAACCUCACCCUAAGUCUCCGAAUUCCCUUUGAACUGUUUUAUUACCUUACCAGUUAUCUUAUUGAAGCUACAUUCCUCGGUGGGGGGGUGGGAAGAAGCUUCAUAUACUGGAUAUGUCCAGGGCCCUGCUUUAUUAUCUCAACAGAACCAAGCCUUUGAGAUUCUCUCCCCGCCUCCUCAUGGCCAUAUCUGGCACAUCAAAAGGCAAAACCAUCUCUUCAUAGCGAAUCUCAAAAUGGUUCAUACAUUGUAUUUUCACCUGCUAUCAGUUGGCUGGGAAACCUCUCCCUCUGAAUGUCAAGACACUCCACCAAGGCAUACUUCAACACUUUCUGCCUUCUACAGAGUGAGCUGAUCUUUUGUGGUCAGUAAGGUAGCCACGUGGAGCCAAACUACUGACCUUUGUUGAGCAUUAUGCACUUGAUAUGGCUGUAAUGGAAGAUGCUAGUUUGGAAGAAUGGUACUCCAGUCGGUUUGACUGAUACAACUUAGACUUCAUACCCACCAUCUGGGAAGGGUACUUCUUGCCAGUGAUCUAGAGUGAGAUCCACAUUGACAGGUACUUGAAAAAAGAAUGGUUACUUUACCUCACAAUAACUGUGCUUCUCUGAGAUGUUGUAGUCAAUGGGGGUCUCAUAACUCACCUCGAUCCCCACUUCUCAAAGUCCUCAGCUACAUGGGCUUUGAAUUGUGAGGAAACUAAGAGGAUUGUGGCCACUCCACCCUUUAUUCCCUGAUAUGGGAGCACAGAGUAUAUGCAGCCUGGAUAGAUGCUGCUGCUAUAAAUAAAUAAAUUUGGUCUUGCUGAAGCGCAUGGGAUCCACACUGACUAAAAUAUCUUAAUGAAGCAUCGUUACUGUAGAGUAAGUAAUAGCUUUUUUUGUUCUGAUUUAGAAAUUUAAUCAGGAUUGAAUAUGGUAGUGUUGCCUUGACCUACAGUAUACCAUGAGACCGACAACACCAUAAAUGCUGGGUGGUUCAGUGUUUGAGACCUGAAAGACUUGCCAGUAAGAAAUCUGAGGGUAAACUGCAUGUGAAAGAAUUCAUAAUACACACUUUUCUAGCACAAUAUGUUCUGUUUUAACUGGGUUUUAGUCAAGGCAGAAAAUCCUCAUCCUUUUAAAAUAACAUUACCAAACUCAUUCAUUAGCCCGUUUGUUUAUAAGCCGACCCCCCAAAAUGGAUAGGUAAAA